AUGGCAGCCAUAGAUUCCUUCGCCCUGGGUAGUCAGCCUUGGGCUGCCCAGCCAUAUACCAACUGUGACACGCGGAUAGUCGACCUGAGAGAACUUGACAUCCCAGAAACGGCGUCUGACGAGGAAUAUCGCCGUUUAUACGCACAGUACACCCAAGGAUCCAAGAUAAGCAAAAACGCCGAGCUCCUCCGUGAUGCUAUCGAGUCCAUCAAAUAUGGCAUCUCUCCGCCUGUGGCAUUUCCCACCGAGACUGUAUAUGGUCUUGGUGCAGAUGCGACGAACGGGCCUUCCAUAUCUGGGAUCUUUGCAGCCAAAGGCCGACCGAGCGACAAUCCCCUCAUCGUUCACGUGUCAUCCAUAUCCCAACUAGAGAGCCUUGCAGGUUCAGCCUUGCCCGAGUUCUACCAAAGUCUGGCUGCAAAGUUCUGGCCUGGCCCGUUGACGAUUCUGCUGCCCGUGGGGAAGAACUCUAGAUUCGCCAAAAAUGUGCAUCCGGGACAACAGACGAUCGGGUUUCGCAUUCCUUCGUCAAAGUAUGCCCGUUUUUUCAUCGCCGCCACAAACAAGCCGAUUGCCGGACCAUCAGCGAAUUCUUCCGGGAAACCUUCGCCCACAACCGCACGCCACGUCCUCGAUGAUCUUGACGGGAAAAUCAACUUCAUCCUUGAUGGUGGGCCCUGCGAAGUGGGCGUCGAAAGCACCGUGGUUGACGGGCUGCACGAUCCCCCACUCAUCCUUCGCCCUGGAGGUGUGUCGCAGGCCGAAUUGAUCGCUCAUGGUCGAGAAUUCGGUAAUAAGUUUGCAGGCACGGCGAUCGGAUAUAAACGACACGAUACAGCGACUUCAUUGUCUACUUCAUCUUCGUCAUCACCAUCGCCGCUGCCAAAUGGGUCAUCGGAAUCUCUCACGAACAACGACAGCAUGUACGUGGAAGACAUCACCGGCGCGCCACGCGCUCCCGGCAUGAAGUACAGGCACUACGCGCCAAAGGGCCACAUGAUUAUCUUUUCACCCACUGCCGUCAAGAACGAUCGUGUCAAGGAAAAACUCAACGAACUCUCUAGCUCUCUCGGCUCAAGGGUGACAAAAAAGGCGGCCAUCAAGAUCGGCACAGUCUCAUGUCACUGGCCGUCAUUUGCAGGCAUCCCACAUCAACAGUCCUCGGAGGCUGUGCCUUCAGCAAUAGCACGAUCGGCAUACGCAGCCAUCACAUCUACCUCAACAGCCAGGAUGGAGUCUGCGUGCGAAGACACAGCAAAAGUCAUCUUAUACGACGUCCACCUUGGACAGGACAUCUCGACGCUCGCACAAUCGCUCUUUGGCGUCCUACGGCUCUUCGACGAUCUCCACUGCGACUAUAUCUUCGCGGAGACCGUUCGGCGAACCACCGUCGCUGAAGGCGACAACACAGCGGCAGGUACACAAUGUCAGAUGAAGCGGGAUCUCGAGGACGCAGUCAUUGAUCGCAUUGAGAAGGCUGCUGGGGAGAGGGUUGAGGAUUGA